AUGCCUCCCUCUGGAUUCGCAGUCCUCAUCGGUGCCGGUCCAACAUCCGGCGCCGGCAUAGCCCGCGUCCUCGCCAACCCAUCCCAGGGUAACAUGGCCGUGGCCCUCCUAGCACGCAACAAAGACAACCUCACACAACUCUGCGAGGGCCUGCGCCAGACCUCAGACGGGGGCCGCACCUUCACCGAGAUCAGCCAGCAUGCCGCCUUCCGGGACCUAAAGCUGAAGGUGGCCGUGUUCCACGUCAAGCACGCGCUCAAGAGACCGUUCCUGGCGACCACGCCCGACGAGUUCGAGCGCAACGUCGCCGCCUACACGACGGGCGCGUUCUCCUUCGCGCAGGAGGCGCUGAAGCUGAUGUAUGCACAGAACGGCGGCGAGACGAGCCUGGCUGAGAAUCCGGCUAAGAAGGGGACCAUCAUCUUCACGGGCACUCUGGGCGCGAUGCGCACGAACGCCGAGUUCAACGCUUACGGGGCCGGAAGAAGUGCUGUGCGCAUGAUUGCGCAGGGGCUGGGCAAGGAGCACUCGGGUAAGAGGGUUCACGUUGUGCAUACUAUUGCCAAUGGCGGCAUUCAGGACGUCUCGAAGGACGAGAACGAGGAUGUCAGGGUUGGCAAGAAGAUGAGUGCCGAGAGCGUGGGAAAGACGUAUCUGUGGCUGAGCCAGCUGGAGCCUGAUCUGUGGAUCGAUGAGCUGGACAUGCGACCAGCUCAGGAGAAGUGGUGA